GACUCUUUAAGCACGAUUUCUCUCGACUUCAUUCCUCUUUGCGCUAUCUCGUGUUUUCACUUCACAUCUAUUCUCUACAUCUAUCUGACUUUUUAAUACGCAAUACGAUUCUUAAUACCAGCCAAAAUGCCUCGCCAAUUCUUCGUCGGAGGAAACUUCAAGAUGAAUGGAGUCGCCGACUCCAUCAAGUCCAUCGUCUCCAACAUCAACAAGGCACAGCGUGACCCUUCCACUCAAGUGGUCAUUGCCCCUCCCGCCAUCUACCUCACACUCACCCGCGAACUUGCCGACCCUUCAGUCGGUGUUGCGGCUCAGAACGUCUUCGAUAGGCCCAACGGUGCCUUCACUGGUGAAUUGAGCGUUGAGCAGCUCAAGGAUGCAAAGAUUGAUUGGACUAUUGUUGGUCACAGUGAGCGUCGUGUCUUGUUGCGGGAAGAUGAUGAUUUCGUUGCGCGCAAGACCAAGGCUGCUAUUGAUGGUGGAUUGAGCGUUAUCCUCUGCAUCGGUGAGAGUUUGGAGGAACGUGAAGCCAACAAGACCAUCGACGUCGUCACCAGACAACUCGGUGCCGUCGCCAAACUAUUGAAUGAGCAAGAAUGGUCCAAGGUCGUCAUUGCCUAUGAGCCCAUCUGGGCCAUCGGAACCGGCAAGGUCGCCACCACCGCUCAAGCCCAAGAAGUUCACGCUGCUAUUCGUAAAUGGCUCGGUGAGACUAUCUCCCCUGCCGUCGCCGAGAACACCCGUAUUAUCUACGGAGGUAGCGUCAGCGAUGGAAACUGCCGUGAGUUGUCCAAGGAGAAGGAUGUCGACGGUUUCCUCGUCGGUGGUGCUAGCUUGAAGCCAGCUUUCGUUGAUAUCAUCAACUCUCGUCUGUAGAGUAUAGCUGUGGCUUCACUCCCUCGCCGUCUCGGAGAAGAUCUGAUCCGUAUGUUGGAACAGUUUGGUAGUCAUGUACUUAGAUGAUUAAAAGUUGAAUAUUAUCAUAGAAAGAAAAUAAGUACAACAGAAGAGUAAAUGCUAAAUUCCAAGACAGUGUGGUAGUCUUGACAGUAUCGCGUCGUUACCGUAUAUACAGGUCUAUCAUUUCCUGAGCGGCGGCCAUAAUAUCCGAAUCAUGAUGAGUAUAAAAUAGAGACCCCUACACCUUGCCAAUAUGAAGGCCUCGAGGUGGGUGGUGCACCUGCCAUUGCUACUGGCGCAGAAGACGAUGUCGGCGAGGCUGGUCCGGAUGAUAGUGCUGUGAAGGUUCCUGGUCCAAGUGACACUCCUGCCGUUACAAGUAGGGACU